AUGUCUGACACAUUCAACUUUCCUUUUGCCCUCCCUGUUACCCUCUCUCUUGACUCGCUGCCCCCUCUAGAGGCACGAUUCGAUGAUGCCAUUGUUAUCCUUAUUGUUACCAUCCUUUUCACGUACAACUACUGGAUCCAGUUCUUCCGGGAAUCAAUCCACCCUCCCCAUUCCUGGCUUGAUUCUGUACCACAGGCAAAUGGUGACCGCACUUCAUCAAGACAGCAAAAGGAAGAUGAGAGGCGAGCCGCCUAUGUUUUUGAACAGCAGAAACUUGACUUUCUUGUAUUCUGGGGUAGCCAGAGCGGCAGAGCCGAGAUCAUUGCGAGGCAAUUUGCAAAGAGUCUCCAGGACCGUUUCGGUCUGCGAACUCUUGCUGCUGACCUAGACGACUUUGAUCACGCCCAUCUCUCCCAGCUCACGGAGAAUCAUCUGUGUGCAUUCAUCGUCUCGACAUAUGGCGAUGGGGACCCUCCUGAUGGAGCCAACGGUCUGUGGACGGUUCUCCACAAAGAGAAGUCCACCGGAAGCCUCUCCAAGCUCCGCUAUGUCAUGUUCGGGCUAGGUAAUUCUAACUAUCGGCUAUUCAACCAAGUUGCCAUCACUAUCGAUGGUCUUUUGCAAAAGCACGGCGCUUCUCGCUUUGGUAACCUAGGUGCCGGCGAUGAUGCUCAAGGAGAUACUGAGAACGACUUUCUCCUAUGGAGGCAAGAAGUGCAGUCUGAGCUGCAGCAGAUCCUGGGGUGGAAGGAACAAAAAGUGGUUUACCACCCAUCCUUUAAAAUCGAGGAACAACCUGAUCUCUCAACUGACGGCAUUCACGUUGGUGAGCCCGUCGCCCACACCUCUUCAAAGCAAGGCGCCGUCACGCCCCUCAACACAGCUGCAACUGUAAAAGAGGUGUACAAACUAUGGGAGGAUAGCGAGAGGCUGUGUCUCCAUGUCGACCUCGAUCUUGGAUCCAACCGUGAACUAAAGUACAAGACUGGUGAUCAUUUGGCUGUCUGGGCUUCCAAUCCUGACCACGAGGUUAAUCAGCUGCUUCAGAGCUUGGGACUCUCGUCAAAGAAAAACGUCCCAAUUACCAUCAGCGAGAUCCAGGAGGGUGGUUACGGCAAGAUUCCUUUUCCUACGCCGACUACCUUCGAGGCCCUCUUCCGCAACUAUCUCGAGAUCAGCGGCAAGCUGUCCAUGGAUCUCGUCCACGCUAUCGCAGAAUUUGCGCCCUCCGAGGAGGUUCGAAGUGUACUAAAUCGCAUCGGCACCGAUGCUGAAGAGUUCAAGAGCAGCAUCCUUGCGGCCCAACUGACCCUGGGAGGACUCCUAAAACAACUGGAUCCCACAUCCACAUGGGCCAUCCCUGUGUCGUUUCUCAUGGAACGUCUCAAGCCAAUGCAGCCCAGAUACUACUCAAUUUCGUCCUCGGCCGUGGUUCAGCCACGUGUGGCUUCAAUCACUGUCGUGGUCACCAAGCCCAAGCCUGGCAAGACGCCGACGAACACUUGUGAAGGGUUGGCGACCGGCUACCUCUGGGCUGUGGAGCGAUCUGUUAACAAGUCCGCAACGCCGCCUGGCCUUGCAAACUACGCUGUGGAUGGGCCUCGGGGAGUCCUGGCCGGUGGCAAAGUAUACUCCAACACUAUCCAAAGCACGUUUAAGCUUCCACUCAAGGGUUCCGCUCCAAUCAUUAUGGUUGGCGCAGGGACUGGCGUGGCUCCAUUUAGGGCCUUCGUGCAAGAACGUGUGCAGAGAAAGGAGUUUGGUCAAGAAGUCGGCAAGACGCUGCUCCUCAUGGGUUUCCGCAACUCUUCUAAUGACUAUAUCUACAAGGAUAAUUGGACCGAGUGGCAGCAGAGUCUUGGCUCCGAUAUCUUCAGUUACCACACCGCGUUUAGCCGAGAUACCAAGGGAAAGAAGGUGUACGUCCAAGAUCUCCUUGAGCAGCAGGAGAACGAGGUAAUGGACCUCAUGGAAAGUAGUGGAUGCCGUUUCUACAUCUGCGGUUCCGCGACUAUGGCAAGGGGUGUUGUAGACAGUCUCGCUCAGAUGAGAAGCCGCAGGACUGGCUGCAGUCGCGAGGAGUCUUUGAAAUGGGUCAAAGAUUUGAGGAAAUUUAACACUCUACUUGAGGAUGUCUGGGGAUAG